UUAUUUUCAGAGACCUUUGAACCACGGCAAACCAAACUGAGCUGAUUGUUGACAAAGUGCAGAAAAUACCUGUUUGAGUGGUUCAAUUAGAAAAUGCUCCUUGGACCGGCCUUUUUGGAUACCGAGAUUCAGCAGCAAAAAAAAGCAUAAAUGAUUCAGUCUAUAUAAAUUGAACUAAAUAAUACAUUUCUGUUGAGGUGACUCAUAACUUCCGGCUCCAACUUUGGCACCAGCAGUCACCUCGGCAGUGGGUGUCUUCUGUUGUCUCUGUUGGAUCUUAUUGCGCAUACUGCUGGAGAGCUAAAAACGGACCAGAGAAGCAGCAGCCUGGGACGAAGUAGAAGAGCCCGCUGCGGAGGGACUGACAGCGGGACGCGCAUGGAUCAGACCUCGGACCGCUUGAUCGGAACGCGGUGUGACGGGGAAUUAUUAAUUCACCGAUGCGGGCCUGAAAAUAGGAAUCCUGCAUCUUCAGGUCUCUGGAGCCUCUGUUCCGAAGGUCUGUUUCAUCUGCAGCCUUCAGCGGGGUCUCUGAGCUCGCUAAACUAUUCCCACCGUGUCUGAUUAAUUACAAUUCAUUUUCUGUACUGACAGCAGUCAAAAGGAUUCGGGGUUUCAUUAGGUCUGGGUUCAUUGGAAUUAAUGUGAAAUGAUAUAAAACCGCACAGUCGGUCUCAACAAAGGGUCCUGCAGAGAUCAAUUAUGCGAGAGCACUGUUGAGGUCGGGGGAACGACCCCCACGCGUGUUCCCGUUUGGACGCGUUAUCCAGAGUUCACCUUUGUUCGUCUUUGGAGGAGCGGACGUGAUCCGUCAGCCAAUAAAAACCCUCCUUCAUUGUGUUCGGAACAGAGUUGUUGUUCCAGUGCAGUGGUGCCAAUUCCUUUUUGAUUGCGUAAGGAGUCGCGGUUUAAAAUUAAAUAACAUUUUGAGCACUUUUGAGCUCUACCACAAUGAAGAAAGGGAAUAAACUGUUGGUUUCUGUCUUAAGGGCCCUCUUAAAACAUUACAGUGCAACACAGAUGUGAAAUAUGAAUCAGUUUAAUAUUGAGAUGUAACAAACAGGCAGAAAAUAUCUCCCUCUGUGCCAACGGGUUCCGACUCAUUCAUCGCUAAAUUCGGUUGGACAAAAUCAACUAAACAAACGUCAUUCUGAAACUAGCGACUGAGACCAUAAACUCAUGAUUGCGACGUUCAUUGAGGUAAAAAUUCAAGUGGCCAUUUUCUCCUGGAAUAAGAGAAAAAAGUCAGACUUUGUGCAACCAAAGCAGUCGCCCCCUGGUGGCCACUCGGGAGAAGGCAGGUUUAAGCCGCCUCAGCAUUAGCUUCACUUUUCAGAGCAGAUUUAUUGUUACAAAGAUGUAUUGUUAUAAAUCAAAUACUUAUUUCUAAACCUGGAAGCAACGGUUUGAUUAAUACGCCUUUUAAUUUAUUUUAUUUUGUCUCUCCUUCGUUCAACAUACAGCUGUGCUGCUGCUCUUUUACUGUUACAUGCUGUGUUUGUCUAUUUAGUGACUGGAUGUGAGUAGAAUAAUUGACGUAAACUCCACUAUUGAACACGAAACCGUGAAAACGACCCUCCGGCUCAUCCGGGUGCUUCUGAGGCAACGUUGAAGUGACGUCAGCCGGAGGAGACGCGGCGACCACCUUCUGAUUCAUUACAGUUUAAAAAAAUAUUGCUGCAUGGUUGCGAGCGUUCGUGCAUGCAUGUGUGUGUGUGUGUGUGUGUGCAUGUGUGUGUGUGCGUGUGCACGCAGCAGCGGCUGCCCCCCCCCCGACUUUACUCCUCUCGUAUUCAGCGGAUCUACUCGGAGCUCCCGUCGGCAGGAGCGCACACAUCUGAGGAGUCUGAUACGAGGAGCGAUUCUUUUUCAAAUAUUUCUUUUGGACCGAAAACACGGACGGAUUAUCUGAGGCGCUGCGUGAGAUCCAGGUGCAACUUUGCCCAGUUUCUGUUCUGUUCUGUUCUUUUUGGUGAAGGUCUUCAGCCCGGAUCUCCAGAUCCCACUGCAGCCCUGUGAUGGACUGAAGGUGUGAGGAGAAAGAGAGAGAGAGACAGAGUGGGGGUGAGGGGGGUCUGCAUCAUGUUUCCUGAGGAAGCCUGUUAACCGCCUUUGGGGAUUAUCGGGUUGGCGCCGCUUGGAGGGGCGGUCGGGGGGGGGCCCGGUGACGUACACAAUGUAGGAUCUCCGAAGGUGUUCAGCGGAGCAGCAGCGCCUGCAGACCAGAUGACCAACCCCUGGAAGGAUGCUGCCAGCAAGGACCCCCGAUUCUCACCCGCCCUUCCCUCUGCCCAACCUGUGAAUGGGUUUUAAUGAGGACCGAGGGAAACCAGGACAGUGACCCCCCUGCUGGGGCUUCCCCGGACCAUGGAUCCGUCCCGGGACGGGCCGUCCAGCUUCUCUCCGCUGCUGCAGCCCGACGGCUUUCAGGAAAGACUCAACCACACCUACACCCUCCGCAGCUCCAUGAUGCUGCCCGCCCCCUUCAGCUCCCCCCCGGCCUCCCUCCCUCACCCCUUACCCUCUCUGCUGCCCUCCUCCGUCAUCUCCUCCCCUUUGUUCUCCACCGCCUCCGCCACCCGACAGCCCCCCGCCUCCGCCUUCCCUGCGUCCCCCUCCACCUUUUUCGCCGGCGACCUGGCCGACCUGGAGAGCAUGCUGCUCUGGACUCUGCACGAGCCCGGCACCAUCGCCCUGACCGCCAUGUACUGUCUGUCUUUCCUCCUGGGGUUCGUGGAGAAUUUGAUGUCCCUGCGCGUCCUCACCACCAGGCGGAGCCGGCGGCUGGCCGGCGUGAGCGCCACGCGCAACCUCCUGGUGAACUUGGCCGUGUGUGACCUGGCGGUGGUGUGCGUGUGCAUGCCCAUCACCCUGGGCAGCCAGAUCUACAGCGCCUGGGUCUACGGCGACCUCCUCUGUCGAGCGGUGCCCUUCACGCAGGCCGUUUCCGUCUCGGCCAGCGUGUUGACGCUGACCGUGAUCAGCGUCAACCGCUACUACAGCGUUCGGUCGCCGCUGCGCGCCCGCUCCAUGUUCACCCGCCGCCGCAUCUUGGCGACCGUGGCCGUGGUGUGGGCGGUGUCUUCGGUCAUGUGCGCCCCUAUCGCGGUGAUGAACCGGCGGCGCAGGAUCAGCUUCGGGACGUUCGCCAUCCUGGUCUGCGAGGAGAAGUGGCCUCAGCAUCGCCUGAAACAGGGAUACAACGUGCUGCUCUUCGUGAUGCUCUACUGCCUGCCGGUGACCUUUAACCUCACCAUCGGCUUCUUGACCGGCAGGCGGCUGUGGGGAGGGAGGAAAUCCACCUUCGCCGACCUCGACCCCCGCAGCGAAGCUCUGCACGCCUCGCGCCUCAAGACGCGCCAGAAGAUCGCCAAGAUGGUGGUGUGCCUGGUGCUGCUGUUCGCGGCGUCCUGGCUGCCGCUCUACCUGGUCGACCUCUGGAUCGACUGCGAGCAGCGCCCGCCGUCCUGGCUCCUGCAGACCCGCCCCUUCGCCCAGUGGCUGGGCCUCACCAACUCCAGCCUCAACCCCAUCUGCUACUGCUUCAUCGGGGACCUGUACCGCUCGGCCAAGGUCAUACGCACACGCUACUACCAGAAGGUCGCCGCUCUGUUCGGCACCGCCUCCUUCUCCAGCUCGGCCGCCGCGGCCUCCCCCGGCUCGGUGAUCACGGACGCCGGGCUGACGCCGUCGGCGUCCUUGGCCGCCAUCCCCAGGCUGUUGAGGUUGGCCCGAGGCCAGCGGCUGGGGCAGAAGGCGGCGGCGGCGGCGGCGGCGGACGACGGCUCGGACGGCCCGGCGGGCUCCCAGCACAGCAUCUCAGACUGGUGCCGCUCCAGUCCCAGCGCGUGUGACGGCUCGCCGUUGCCCUGCCAGCUGCACGCGCCCCGGCACGCCGCGCCAAGCGCGCACCUCCCGCCCACCAGGAGACACUCGGCGAAUGAGGGCGCGGGGUCGCUACCUUUGCGAGUGGCGUCGUUGGAAGUAGACGUGCUGCCGUUGAGGAGGCACUCGGGGGGAAGAAUUUACGGUCGGUCAGCCGACGACAGAGGCGGCGUCGGCGCGGGCGGGGACGCCCUUUGUUACGCCGGACGGCGCGGAGGCGCAACGUCACAGGCCUACUUCCUGGUGGGGGACGGGGAGAACGAGACCACCGAGGUGACCAGCCUGUGAGGUUCGUGUUGAAGAUAAACUGACCUGGUCUCUGCGCAAUGAAGUUCCGGGAUCGACGUUUGCACGGAUGAGUUCACGUUUCCGUGAUUGAGCGAAGCCUGCAGGGACAGAGCUGGGGGGGGAGGA